AUGAGGCCCAAAGGCCAGCUACCAGCAACGGAACAAUCAGCAGUGGUCUACAGCAUACCUUGCCAAGAUUGCGGUGCAAGGUAUGUUGGUGAAACGGGCAAACGCCUCUGCACAAGAUUGCACGAGCACCAGCUUGCAGUCAACCGCGAGGAUAAGCUGUCACUGGCAUAUGGCCACAUACAACAGGAGAAGCACAGUUUCGCCUUUGAGGAGGAAAGCGUCAUCGGCCGAGCCAGCGACAAGAUGGCCAGACUGGUUCUCGAAAGUUGGUCCUCAGUUGACACAAUCAACAGAGCCAUCGAUCUUCAUCUGGCCUACCAGACGCUUCGUACGAGGCUCCAGUCAGUUCGGACGGGGCCGACAGCACUGGCGAACAAAUCGCGGCUCUCUCAACAGUUGUCACCUUCCCAGCAGGGGGAGAGAGCCAGCCGGGUGUCAGACGACCGACGCGCCCAAACAGCCGACCCCGAUUCCCACAUGCGACGGCAGCUGAUCAGCCCGUCAAACUACGGGGGAGGGCCCAAGGGCACACGGACCUAG